UUCGAGAAUUGAGGAGUCACAAGUGCAAAACAUCUUCAAAAAUCCCCAAAAAUGACGACUUCAACCUCAAGUUCUGCCCUUUCUCUGUCUGCCAAACAAAAGUACAUCGAAGACUUUGACUUUCCGUUCUGCAAUGAGUCCAGCAAGUACGAGAAAGUGGCGAAAAUCGGUCAAGGAACUUUUGGUGAGGUUUUCAAGGCACGCGAGAAGAAUCACAACAAGAAAUUCGUCGCCAUGAAGAAAGUUUUGAUGGACAAUGAGAAGGAAGGCUUUCCCAUCACGGCAUUGCGUGAAAUCCGGAUCUUGCAGUUGUUGAAGCACGAAAAUGUCGUAAAUCUCAUCGAAAUUUGCCGCACAAAGGCAACGCAAAACAAUCGAUACCGUUCGACAUUCUAUCUGGUGUUUGAUUUUUGCGAGCACGACUUGGCUGGUUUGCUCUCGAACAUCAACGUUAAAUUUAGUUUAGGCGAAAUUAAGAAAGUAAUGCAACAACUACUCAACGGCUUGUAUUACAUCCACAGCAACAAGAUUCUGCAUCGUGAUAUGAAGGCAGCAAAUGUGCUGAUUACGAAGAAUGGCGUCUUGAAAUUGGCAGAUUUUGGUUUGGCACGAGCUUUUAGCGUCAGCAAGAACGGACAACCGAACAAAUAUACGAAUCGUGUCGUCACACUGUGGUAUCGCCCGCCCGAAUUGCUGCUGGGCGAUCGAAAUUACGGACCUCCCGUCGAUAUGUGGGGCGGCGGAUGCAUCAUGGCGGAAAUGUGGACUCGUUCGCCCAUCAUGCAAGGCAAUACGGAGCAACAGCAACUCGUUUUCAUCUCGCAAUUGUGCGGAUCGCUGACACCCGAUGUCUGGCCCGGCGUCGAAAAUCUCGAGUUGUAUCAGAAAAUGGAACUGCCAAUGGGACACAAGCGAAAAGUCAAGGAACGCUUAAGACCGUACGUAAAAGACCAAUAUGGCGUGGAUUUGUUAGAUAAAUUACUUCAAUUAGACCCGAAUGAAAGAAUCGAUGCCGACACAGCUCUCAACCACGACUUUUUCUGGACGGAUCCCAUGCCCUGCGACUUGAGCAAAAUGUUGUCGCAACACACACAGAGCAUGUUUGAGUUCUUGGCGCCGCCCCGACGAACGAAUCACAUGAUGCGACACUACCAACAACAAGCAGGAGUGAAUCCCAUGCAACAAAGACCCCAAGAUAACACCUACCAAGAUCGCGUUUAUUAGACAAAGCCUUAGAUUUAUACAAAAACCCCUAAUUUUAAGCUUUUUUAUGUUCUAAUUCUUAUUCUUAGCCGGAUAGAAGCAUGUUAAUCAUCAAAAAAUCACUUUAGACGUUGAUAAACUGCUUUGAUUCGAAAUAAACGGAGAGUUGAGAGACACGUAUUUUCUCUCAACGUCAAUGUUUAAAUUGUAAACAAAUAUUUUAUUUGGUAUUGGUGCCAAAUUUCUCCACUCGAUUGACUCCCGAGUCAUUAGAACGUGAAAAAUUUAACUUCUAACCUUCAAUUUUAACAAAAUUUUUCAUUUUACGGAAAUUCCAAAGGCAUUCAGCCAAAGUUAUAAUUAGGUAGACUCGAAUUUCGUCAUGAAAUUUGGAUUUUAGAAGGGGAUGCGAACACGUCAGUAACGAGUUUGCAUGAAAAAGUCGUAAAAAAACUAAUCUCUUCGAUUGUUUGGUUCUCUAUAUACGAUCAUUAGGUCAUUUUCUUGCCGCAUUGAUUAAAUUUGCCACACUAUAGCUGUGUAUACUAACGAACGGUGACUCAAACACUCUCCUCUCACUGCAUUCAGUGUCGAUUGUUCCUGCAAUCACGAAGCAAUUUUCAAAAUGCGUGGAUUUUGUGUGUGGAUUUUUGUUUUAAUCGCAAGUUGCGCCUUUUGCAAAGCCUCUUUUCGGUCUCAAACUGAAGCUGGUUCAGUUUAUAUCAAUGAUUACGGUGAAAUAAGUUGCGACGACAUAAUAUGUCCUCAGAACACCUUCAAAUGUCGCGUUGUACGUGCCUCGAUCAAAGGAACGCGAAAUAUGUCGAUCACAAGGACAUGUCUCGAUACCGAAAACAAAAUUUUGGCUGAAGAAAAGAAAGAUACCUUGGCUCCCUAUGAGGGUUUCAAUGCCUACGUCGAAGCAGAUCGCAAUGGAAACAUCAUUUCCGAUGGACAAGUUUGGUCUCCGGAGGCAGCAGCGAAAUUAAAUGAGAGAAUUCAAAAACAAACGCAACAAAUCCAGAAACAAGUGAAUGAUCAAUUAAGUCAAGUUUUGUAUAAUUUGAACAAUAACUUGCAAAAUACGUUCGCGAACAUUUUUGGACGUUAAUAAAUUUUAUUUUCAAAAUA